GAACGAGGAGCUCCAAGUGAAUGGGUAUGGGAGACUUGGGAUCAAUUCACGUUCCGGGAUAACAGUGAAGUUUGGGAAUGUCCAUUACCUACUCUUUCCUCUUUACUCGAAAAUCCGCGGAUUAGUGCCUCGGACAUGUUUGUUCUAUGCAUCCAGAUCUAUACACCUGUUGGCCCUCAAUUUCCUCAACACCCAUCUGCUUUUUACGUUCCUCGGGAUUUACUGCAAGGGAUAGAGGAUUCUCUCGAUAACUCUCACACUGGUGACGUCCGUUUCGUUUGUAUCGAGCGGCUUCCGAACGAACGUCCUUCAAACUCUGAUACUCGUUCUUCUGACACUGCUACUUCAUUCGCUUACCGUCCCCAACAAGUUCGCAAACGGGUCAUAUUUGCACAUAGUGAUCUCUUAAAAAGGAGAACGGAAUAUUUUAAUACGAUGCUCUCAUCCCGCUUCGCGGAAGGAUAUCACCCAUCGGCGCCCAGUGAGCGGCGCGUGCAUGAUGUAGUUCUAGAGGAGGCUGAUUUUGUAACAAUUUAUUGGCUCUUAAAGUGGGUGUACGCAAACUGGCUGCUGUUCAAGGAAGUGGAUGACCCUCGCGAUGCUGUGAAUGCGAUGGGAGCAGGAUGGUCUGCGAACUGGCUCAACCUUGAAGCCGAAAAUGAGUGGGAAGUAACGACGCUGAUAGCUAGUAGUCCGACAACUGGUGAUAACUCGAGUGUGGCCAGUACUGAAGCGGGUGUAGAUAUGCGGCGAUCUCCGGGGCGAUCCCCAGCAGUGCCGUCACCUUCGUCCCAGACUGGUCGCGUAAGCAGGCCUUCUCCGGGCGGAACUUGGGCUUCUUCGAAUUCUUCUCCGGUAUCGGCCGUCUCCAGUCGAAGGGCAGGCCCCACAACGUCGCCUCCUGCUCGGUCCCAUGAGGGUGCUUCAGCGAGUGCCGGCGCCCCUCACACGUCAGGGACAAGAACGUCGUCUUCUGCCGCAUCACCACGCAGUGCACGGGUGAAGCGGUCCUCCCCCCCAACUAAUGAUCCGCAUCCGCAUCCCACGCCUGCCCCUCCACCCGCAUCUGCUCUCUCGAUUUAUCUCGUUGCCCAUCGCUACGGAAUCAAGCCUUUGGCUAGCCUAGCAGUUGAACACACAAUGAACACCGUCACGCCUCAAACAGCUUUUCCGCUUUUACUCGCUACACAGUUCUUUUCUGAACUCAGAGGCCUCCUCGAAGAUUACAUUGUGGACCACUGGGAUCAAGUGUCGAGGUCUGAGGAGUUUGAUGUUUGCUGCCAGGAAAUUGCUGCGGGAGAAUGGGCUGCAUUUGAAGGAGGCGCCACACUUUCUGCCUUAUUCCGACGUUUGCAUCGACCUACCUCGAGUAAUUAAUCAUGUUUCCUGCACUUCGGUUUUUAGUUUUUCCCCGCACCCCUUUCAGGAUCUCCU